CGGACAGUAUCACACUACCGCGACUGACGGACAGAGCUCGAGAAGGAAGAAGGGGCUGUUGCUGCGUCACUUUACGCUUACAGAAGCUCCAGGAAGGAGAGAUCUCAGAUCGGAGAAGAACUUGCAAAUGGGGAGAGAAGUUAAAGAAAUUUGUACGGAGAAAGAGCAAGAUCCUGUCAUAGUUUAUUCAAAUGGGGAUGCACAUGAUUCGGAUGAUGGUGAUAUUCCUAGGAAUCAUGAUCUCAAAGAGUCCGUUGAGCAUGUUAAGGGGGAUGCAGAAUCCUUAAUUCUAGAAGAGAAGACUGAAUUAAAAAAGUAUGAAGUUAAGGAAUACACUACAGAAAGCUCAGUUGAGAUCACUGGGCUCCAACAAACUGAAAGUGGUCACAAGGAGAAACAAGAUGUUCUUUAUGUUAAAAGCACAGAUUUUGAGGUUGGCUUGCCUGGUGAGGAAACAGUGAAACCUGAAUUGCAGAAGGCAAUGAAUCCUAAAAAGUUGAGUUCACCUGUUAAACUGGGAACAAAGUCUGCUGCUGUUGGGAAUUCUCGGCAAAACUGUACCACUCCUCCUCAGCCAUUUGCUCUGUCAAAUGAUAAGCGUGCUUCAUAUGGUAGUCGGCCUGUUGAGGCUGAAGGUGGCUCUGGUGGCACAAGCAAACCACCCAAUGCUAACAAUUUGAAAUCCCCUAAUACUGUGAAGAAGCCUCAGCCUAUGCCUAGCACAUCUUUGGUAUCAAGGAAGCCACUGCAACCUAAUAAUAAAAAGCAUGUUGAUGAAGAAGAUGCUUGCUCUAUUGCUUCUUCGACCAGGACUGCAGCAUCUGUGCGAACGUUAAAAUCCAGGGCAACCAUUCCAUCAGCUCCUAGAUUCCACUGCACUGAACGUGCAGAGAAACGGAAGGAGUUUUACUCAAAGCUAGAGGAGAAACACCAAGCUCUGGAGGCAGAGAGAACCCAGUGUGAAGCUAGGACCAAGGAGGAGCGAGAGGCGGCUCUAAAGCAACUUAGGAAGAGUUUGAUGUUCAAAGCAAACCCAAUGCCAAGCUUUUACCACGAGGGACCACCACCUAAGGUUGAACUUAAGAAGCCGCCUCCAACUCGCGCAAAAUCACCAAAGCUAGGCCGUCGGAAGAGCUGCAAUGAUGCAGUCAAUUCAUCGCAGGGAGAAAGAAUUUGCGGCCGAACUACUCGUCACAGUCUUGGUAGUUGCAGAGAAAAUACAGCUGCUGCUACUACUGCUGCUGCUGAUAGUAGUAACAACAACAAAUGCCAGAUCAGCUGUAAAAAUGCAAUCAGCAGUGGCAAAGUUAAAAAUGGGACCAAACAGGGAUGAUGUUUCUUGCGUUUCUUGGAUCUGUCAGAGGCCAUUGGUUCUGGGGAUAUCUUCUAUUAGUCUCUGUUCUGGAUAUAAUAUGGGCCUGGCUGAGCAAAUUGAUGUAUUUUGUCACCCUGCAUCUCUUCACUCUAUCAUGAUUUGACAAGUACUGAGAACGAAAUAUGAGAACAGUUUGUUUUUGCCCGUCGAAGAGGUUCAUGCAUACAGCAUGGGCAUGGGCCAUGGGGUGGACUGUGAACGUGAACCAUGCCUGAGCACCAACGGUCUAGGGACCUAUAAGCUAUGAACAAUCUAAGAGGCAAUGUUUGGAUUGUGGGUGUGGGAAGGAUUCCAAUUCCACUUUCACUCAUAUCAUGUGUGGGAUUGAAAUGGUCAUUCCUUGUCUCCAACUG